UGCGCGAGUGGUGGCGGUGGUGUGGCUCGGUUGAUCCCGAGCGGGGCUGUGGGGGGCGGCCGGCGCCAUGCUGAGCCGCAGCUCAUUCACCAGCCUGGUGGUGGGGGUGUUUGCCGUGUACGUGGCGCACACUUGCUGGGUGAUGUACGGUAUCGUCUACACGCGGCCCUGUCCGACAGUAGGAGCAGCCGAGAGUGGCACGGCGGGGUGUGUCUGGCCUUACCUGGCGCGGAGGCCGAAACUGCAGUUGAGCGUGUAUACUACCACACGAUCGAACAUUGGUGCUGAGAGUAAUAUAGAUCUGGUUUUGAAUGUGGAGGAUUUUGAUAUUGAGUCAAAAUUUGAAAGGACAGUGAAUGUCACUGUACCAAAGAAAACUCGAAAUAAUGGCACAUUAUAUGCAUAUAUAUUUCUUCAUCACGCUGGCAUUUUGCCUUGGCAUGACAGUAAGCAGGUGCACAUAAUAAGCCCACUAACCACAUACAUGGUCCCUAAACCCGAGGAGAUUAAUCUGCUCACUGGAGAAUCAGCCACACAGCAAAUUGAAGCAGAAAAACAGAUCAAUGCUCUAGAUGAGCCUGUCUCUCACUGGAGGUCAAGAUUAACCUUAAAUGUCAUGGUAGAAGAUUUUGUAUUUGAUGGAUCAUCCCUCCCCGCUGAUGUUCACCGUUAUAUGAAGAUGGUUCAGUUGGGGAAGACAGUGCAUUACCUUCCAAUAUUAUUUAUUGAUCAGCUAAGCAACAGAGUGAAAGAUUUGAUGGUUAUAAAUCGUUCAACAACAGAGCUUCCUCUUACAGUGUCUUAUGACAAAAUAUCUCUUGGAAAACUCCGGUUCUGGAUCCACAUGCAGGAUGCUGUGUAUUCCUUACAACAAUUUGGUUUUUCAGAAAAGGAUGCAGAUGAAGUAAAAGGAAUUUUUGUUGAUACUAACCUGUACUUUCUGGCAUUGACAUUCUUUGUCGCAGCAUUCCAUCUUCUCUUUGAUUUUCUUGCGUUCAAAAAUGACAUCAGCUUUUGGAAGAAAAAGAGGAGCAUGAUUGGGAUGUCUACAAAAGCAGUACUUUGGCGGUGCUUUAGUACUGUGGUAAUAUUUCUUUUCCUUUUGGAUGAACAAACAAGUUUAUUGGUACUGAUACCAGCAGGCAUUGGUGCAGUGAUUGAGCUCUGGAAAGUGAAGAAAGCUUUGAAAAUGAAAAUCAAGUGGCAAGGCUUGAGACCCAAAAUUCAGUAUGGUACAUACAAUGACUCUGAAAAGAAAACUGAAGAGUAUGAUACCCAGGCUAUGAAAUAUUUGUCAUAUUUGCUCUAUCCACUGUGUAUUGGAGGUGCAGGUUAUUCCUUGUUGAAUGUCAAAUACAAAAGCUGGUACUCCUGGUUGAUUAACAGUUUUGUUAAUGGAGUGUAUGCAUUUGGAUUCCUGUUCAUGCUGCCCCAACUGUUUGUAAACUACAAGAUGAAAUCUGUUGCACACUUACCAUGGAAGGCUUUCACAUACAAAGCAUUCAACACCUUUAUUGAUGAUAUAUUUGCCUUUAUCAUCACAAUGCCAACAUCUCACAGGCUGGCAUGCUUCAGAGAUGAUGUUGUGUUCCUGGUGUAUCUUUACCAAAGAUGGCUUUAUCCUGUGGAUAAGAGCAGAGUGAAUGAGUAUGGAGAAUCUUAUGAAGAAAAGCCAAAAAAAAAAAACUCCUAGAGAAUAAGAACUGAAGAAGAUUCUGAUCCUUGGACUCCUAACUGGCUUCCUGUAUUAUGUGGUUUUAAGGAAGGACAAACUUAUUUAAUAAGAGUAUUUUUAAAGCUUAUGACAGAACUACAUGGACAACACAUCUUCUUUGUUGCCAAAAUCUAGUUUUGAUAUCCUCCCGUUUCAAGGUCAUCUUCUGUCCUCACAGAGUCCACAGUCAGCCAGAUGUCAUUAAACAAAGUUCCUGCAUUUGAACUUCUCUUCCCUGAAAACUUGCAUAUCCUGACCAUUGUAAUUAAUAUCUAGAUCUGUUUUUAAGACAACUCACCAGAUGAAAGUGGGAUACCCAUGCCACUAGACUCCGAAAAGUGAAAAAACAAGCCAGUGUGUUAGAGCAGAAUCGAGCAUUAUUGCCAAACUAGAAGCUGUCUAAAAUAAAACAUGUAAUGUCAGAUUAUACCCUAAUUAGUAAUCAUUCUCCUCUGAUAACCCAUAUAAUGGAAAUUUCAGUAAUCAUGAUCUAAGUUCUACAUUGUGCAUUUAAGUUCAGAGCUUAAAAAAAUGUUGGAAAUACAGGAUGAGACAGAUGGAGUUGUUGAAAUUCAAAUUCUGCUACAUUUUUAUCCCACACGUGGCAAAAGGUUUUGGUCAUCUUGAACCGAAUGAACGUGAGAAAACUAAGAAUUUCUGUCGAUAUAUGUCCCAAUUCACAUAAAUCCUUCUGCCUUGUCAACAGAACUUCUUAAUUUCUCAGCAUAGCAGACACUCAUAAUGCAAACCAUUGUUAUGUGCUAGGAAAGUCUCUUAACACAUCUUAAAUUCUUAAUGGGUCACUGGCGUACCACAACAUUAGGUGAUUUCUAUCAUGCUUCAAAGGUCUUUCCCCUCUCCCCUCCUGAUACUUAAUUUAUAGUAUGAAACACAUCAUUCAAGUGGAAUGAUUUUACUCAAAUACAGCACAGGUUCAACAAACUACCUGGCUACAGAACAAAAAGCUCAGCUUGGUGAAGAAUAGAUAUCUUCCCACCACACAACUGAAAUCCAUAGUCCAUGGGAACAGAUGAAUAAGGAAAGUGUUUUCGUCUGUUGCUUUCAAGUCAGUAAAAUUGGAGUUUAAUUAUAGCAAAAUUCAAAGUUGACAGCUGUAUGUAGAAGCAAUGUCUCUAGAUUUUUUUUAAAAUCAGGUUUCUUAGUCAGUGAAGUUCAGAGUGCAUUGCUUUCAGCAGCAAAUAAAAUGUAAUUUUAAAAAAUAAAAGUCCAAAAAGCAGAAUUGUGUUUUCCAGUUGUUUUGCUUUUGUCAGUACCUUUCCAAGUUAAUGCUAAUGCAUCUUAAAUGUCUUUAUGAAAUUGCAUGCUGUUUGUGCAAGGCUAUUUAACUUUGAUUUGUCAUUUAACUGAAAGUGAAAUAGCCUUGAAAAGGACACAGAUCUAUUCCUGUAGCCUGUAACUACCUUGUGAAGUGGAUUUUGGUACUGAAGAAAUUUGAACCUAUAAAUACUUGGGUUCCAAAAAGAUACAAAAAAUGUGCCUAACUUUUUUUGUCACAAACUCUGGUUUCUUAUUCUGAAGUCUUCCUUACCUGUUACUGGCAAUGGAAGAGUCUAGAAGUGAAUAUUUAACUAAUGCUCAUGUUAAGAUUUCUUUACACUGUUAAUUGCGAUUAAGGAGGACUGGCACUUUUAGCAUUAAACAUGCACAAGUCUAUGCAAAUCAGGGUGCAUUUGUUAAAUGGUUUGGAUUUGCUUGGAAGAAGCUCUUUGCUGUUGUGUGAAAAAAAAAUCCCCUUAUAUGAGUAAUGCAUAUCGCACAUUCCCUUUUUGUGCCAUUUCAAAACAAUCAAGUUACUGGCUCUUCUUGAGCAGCUUCUGAAAGUCCAGAAUACCAUAUUCAGGUAUUUCUAAUAUUUCAUCACCCUUUUCUAUAUAGCUGUUGAAAAAUCACUCUUGCACCUUUACAUACCGUGAGUUUAUUGGUCUUCUGUCUUGCAUUUCUGAUGACAAUGACCUCAUAAUAUCCUAUACAGUAGUCAUAAAGAAUAUAAAAUUAGAACAUUCUUAAAAUGAGGGAGAAUUUCUGUUCAAGUCAUUGUUUUGUGCAUUCCAUUUCCAAAUAAAUGACUUUGUGUACAGGACAGUUACCUUUUGUUGUUGGAAAGAAAGGUGGUGAGAAGUUGUGUAAGUAAUGUAACUUCGGAGAUAUUAAAUGAAAUAUUUUGACUUUGUAGUUGUGGAAAUUAUAUCAGCUUAAAACAAAAA